AUGGCCCCAUAUGAAGCCUUGUAUGGACGAAGGUGUCGAUCACCAAUCCAUUGGGAUGAGGUAGGAGAGAGGAAGAUUAUAGAUCCGGCUACAAUACCAUGGGAUGAGGAAGCCUACGAAAGAGUAAAGGUGAUUCGCCAGAGGCUUCAAACGGCCCAAAGCCAACAAAAGAGCUAUGCCGAUCAUCGGAGGAAGGAUUUGGAGUGUGAGAUAGGAGAUAAAGUAUUUCUUAGGGUUACUCCAUUGAAAGGAAAGAUUAAAGGAGGAAAGGGGAAAAAGUUGCAACCGAGGUACAUAGGACCUUUCGAUCCGACUCACAUUUUGCCACCAGAAGAUAUUGAACUGGAUGGGUUUUUAGCCUAUGAGGAACGACUCAUUCGAAUACUGGAUAGGAAGGUGAAGGACUUGAGAAACAAGCAGAUUCCACUAGUGAAGGUUCUAUGGAAACAUCAUGAGAUGGAGGAAGCAACCUGGGAGCUAGAGAAGGACAUGCAAGAAAAGUAUCCAGACCUGUUUACAGCAAAAAGUUUUUGUGGUGUUUUGGGUGCUGCUUUGGGUGACGAUUCAGUCCUUAGAUUUGGUCAGCUCGGGCCAUAA